UUGAUUCUGACUUGAGUCAAACAGUUGCGAUUCGGCUUUCGAUUAUUCAACAACGCGUUUGUUAAACUUUUUCUCGACCGUGGCGGCGCCAAUAUGAAUUCGUUAAUAAAAUAUUCGUUUUAUCUAAGUUGUAUGCUCAUAGCUUUCGCAGACACUUUAGCCGCAAAAGUGGAUCCAAGUCGUCUUACACAUAUACCCGAACAGCUAACAGCAUCGACCAUUGCAACAAUGCGACGUUGCAAGACGGCUUCGAUCGUUAAUCUCAUGGAUCGAGACGUUGAACCUUGCAAUAAUUUUUACAAAUUCGCAUGCGGAAAAUGGACACGUCUAAAUCCGGCAACUACAAUCGAACAUCUGACCACCGGUCUUUUUGAGGAGCUAAGCCAACUGCUCGAUCGCAAGGUGGAGAAGCUACUAACCAACGAUACGGAAUUCAACUACACAGUCAUCGACAAUAAAGUGCAGAACUUUUUCGUUUCUUGCGUUAAUUUGGUCAAGUUGAAGGAUAAAUAUAAGCAAAAACUAAGUGAUAUAAUCGCUGAAUUUGGUGAAAUGCCUGCGCUCAGCGGCGCCAAUUGGAAUGCGGAGAAGUUCGAUUGGGUGACAACUAUUGCGAAAAUUGCGCAUAAGUAUGGCAAGGAUAUAAUAAUUGGCAUGGACAUAAUGGCCGAUUUUAAAGACAACAGCAUAAAUCGAGUUUACAUUGGUCAAGCCGAUUUGCCAUUAGAGAGUCGCGCGAUGUACUUAGAUGAUUCGACUGCUGUCUAUAGGGAUAGCUACAAGCGGAAGAUACGCAAGGAGCUUGUGAAAUUUUUAGGAAUGGAUGCUCAACUUGCCACCAAGACAGCAAAUGAUAUUGUUGAUUUUGAAGUGAAAUUGGCGCAGGGGUUGAUUGAUGACACACUGGGCCAGAGCCUGGACGAUUUGUCUAAGCUAACAACUGUCGAACUGAUGCAAGCCAAAUACGCUCCAGUUAUAGACAUUAAGAAGUUAGUGAACAUAACGUUAGGUGAAUUAAUCACCGACCCAUUGUAUGAGUAUGCCGAUGUAUAUCAGCGAAAUUUGAAGAAAAUUAUGCCAGAGACACCAAAGGAAGUGGUGGCCAAUUUCAUUUUCUACACAUUAAUCUCCGAUUAUAUGCUGGACAUUGAUAAGUCGCCGCGCAGUCAGAAGAAAACCUGCAUCGAAAAGACAAAGUCAUAUUUCGCCAAAAAUGUGGAUAACAUGGUGUAUCGCAGAUAUAGCACAAGAAAAACUGAGCUCGAUGUCGAGUAUAUGUGGAAAGAGCUUAAGGAGAGCUUCAAAAGCACGCUAACUUCAGGCAAGCUGGAUUGGAUAGCCGAGCCGACGCGUCAAUAUGCGCUCGAGAAGUUGGAGGCACUUAGAAUGGAAAUCAACUCAUACGCAGAUCACAAUUUCACCGAAGAGUUUGGCUCGCUGGUGACCAACAACAAUGACUAUCUGGCAAAUGUGCUGGCUAUAUUGGAGUUGGACACAAAGCGAUCGUACGCCAAAUUGCAUGAGAAACCCAAGCCAAUCGAAGCUGGUGAAAUACUGUCAUACACACCGGCCAAUAUACUCAUUGAGAAUGUAAUCAAGGUGCCGGUAUCGAUACUGCAGCCCUACUUGCUAUGGAGUGAAAUCUAUCCGACAGCAGUGAAAUUUGGCACUUUGGGUGCCCUGGUCGGUCACGAACUCAUACACGCCUUCGACGACACCGGACGCCGUUUCGACAAGGAUGGCAACAGUCGUGACUGGUGGGACGCGAAGUCAACGGAAAUCUUUCUUAAUCGUACUGAGUGCUUCAGCAAUCAAUACAGCAAGUAUCAGUAUGGCGGACGCUUUUUGCCCAAAAGUGUUUCACAGUCGGAAAAUAUCGCCGACAAUGGUGGCAUGCGGCUGGCCUAUCAAGCCUAUCUGCGUUGGUAUGAGGAUGCAAAACGUGCGCAUAAUGAAAAGAUGAACGAGAAGCUGCCUGACUUUCCCUACGACUUCAAGCAAUUGUUCUUUAUUAGCUUUGCACAAAUUUGGUGCAAUGAUGCGCAUCCUGAGGUGAAGAAUCUGCAAACAUCUACAGAUCAGCAUGUGCCGGGAGAGUUCAGGGUAAUCGGGCCACUUUCGAAUUCUAAGGAGUUUGCAGCUGCAUUUAGUUGCGCGGAUGAUGCACCAAUGAAUCCAAAGCAUAAAUGCCAAAUUUAUUAGUUAAAAAAAAAAAUAAUGCAUACCUAGUAUGUGGUGUAAAAAGUUUUUUAAAACUAAAAUAGACUGUAAAUUUGUUUUAAUUUUUUUUUAUUGGAAAUUUAUAAAAUUCAUAUUUAUUAUUUUGUGAUUAUUUUACGAUGAACAUGGAUGCAAAAAAUUUUAGAGUAUCGAAAUGUAUGUAUGUUUGUAUGUUAAAUGUGCACCGGCAAAUGUGUACAUCAAUUUGAUUAUUAAUUAAAUAUGUAUAUUUACAUACAUAUCCCUGUGAAUAAGCCCAUUAUUUUGAUACGCAACGUUGUGUAUUUUGAAAACGAGCUUUUAAAAAAUAAAACGAUUUACUUUGGAAAAUAUAUGUAUAUGUAUCCAUACAUAUAAAAAGCAUUGAUUAGCUUUGGUGACGCUGAGAAACGAGAUUUUUUUUUAUACUAAAAUGAUUUUGAGUGCAUUGGUCUAAUUAAGUAAAUAUAUACAAUUCUAUACAAUUUAUGUGCGUAAUUGAAUAUAAGAAAUGAUCAACACAACGUAAAAAAGAUCAUACUGCACAAAGUGCAACGAACGUUGAAGAUACUAAGUGAUUAAAAUUUCAAAAGAUUUUUCGUAGAGUUUUUCGAGAACAGCUAAACACAAUGGAGAGUAAAAAAUGUAACAAAACUUUUUGGCCUGUUAAAAAAUUUUUUGGAUACUUAAAAACUGAACCCAUAUGCAUCUAGGAUUGACGGUGACAAGUGGAUAUAUGUACUAAUAUUUUAGCUCUAGUGGGCAGUUAAGCAGAGGCCGGCCGUACCGGUUAUGGUAGUUAUAAGAAAAACCAUAAUUUAACAGUUAAAAAUUCGAUCUAUAUCUUU